UCAGCCCUGAUUAACGUGAAUUUCGCUUUGACUUCGAUGAAUAUGAAUAGCACAUGUUCUGUUUUAUUUGAAUACUACUUGAUUUAAUAUUAAUAAAAUAAUAUUAUAUGAGUAAAAAAAAUGAAGCAUCAAGGUGUAAUAAGUGAUGUGGUUAUAGAGUCUAAUAAAAUUCAACCCAGUAUUGUAUCGUUUCCAAAUGGCAUUGUUAAAAAUGAACAAUCUUCAAAAUUGCAAUGUGGUUAUUUUAAUAAAAAAGGAGAAAAUAUACUCGCUGUAGCAACUAACAAGAUAGUUUAUAAAGGUUAUUCAUCUAUUAAUGAAGAAGAUAAAACUUAUACUAUGUUAGGUAUUUUUAACAAAAAAACUGGGAAAGUUAGAUUAAUUAAUGUUGAGCGUUGGCAAGUAUCGCCUAUACUAGAUAAACAGCUUGACUGCAGCGUUCAUUUGAAUGAUGAUAAAUCUGUUUUACUUAAUAAACAAUUCGGUUCGAAAAAAACAAAAAGAAGAACUAUUCAACUUGGAAAAAUGAAAAUUAGUAUAGAUGCAGUGAAAGAUCAACUUGGAAAAACAGCAACUAAUGUUCAAAUAAAUAAAAGGGAUUUGACUCAGAAAAUAAAUAAUCAAAUUUCAAACAAUAUACCACCAUGCAACAGAGAUGCACAGUCACCAACAGAUGUAUAUAAUUUAUAUGAUAUCAUACCUGAAGAGAAACUCAAACUCAUUAUCGAUAAAGUUGGGGAAAUUUCAGUUAAUAAUUCAGAAAGAUCUCGAUUUUACGUAGAUACUUAUCAAUCUAUCGUUAAUGAUUCACUGAAAAAUCAUAAAAUAGCUGUGUUAGAAUUUAUUUAUGGAAUUAAUAAAUGGAUGAAUAUGAAUAUAAGAGAUGCCAAAAAGAAAAGUUCUGAAAUUUCACCAUUUCCAGAAAUUAGUAAUUUUAUUAUUGAAACAUACAGUGUACUCAGUAUCAAUGGACGAACACGACCAAUUACUAUGAGAGAUAAAGGUAUAAUUCAUUGCAUCAUUUUGGCCUUGAUGAUAAAUAAUUUUAAAUUGGAUUUAGAAGUAUUUAGUAAAUGUUUUCACUCUACUUUUGGUAUUAAAAAACUUCUCGAAUUAGCAAAAAUUGUUGGAGCUGUGCCAUUGAAAGACGAUAAAAAUGUUAUUGUAUUGAAAGUCCCACUACCGCCACCUGGAAAUAUAAUACCACGAUUUAAAAAAAAAUAAUUGUAAUAUUUUACUUUUACAGAAAAGUAAAUAUAUAGUAAGGAAAAAUAAUUCAAGUAACUUGUGACAGUCAGUUUAAUAUUCUACAACAUUACCUUUUCAAACAAAUAAAAUUCGAAUUUGUAUUAUUUUUACUAUUAAACAUUAUCUAUUUAAACACUAAUAACAAUCAUAAAUUAUCCUUUUUUUGUUUAUAUG